AUGUUUCUUGUUGCUGCUACUGCUACUGCUGCAGCAGCAGGAGCAGCAAAACAACAGCAAAAACCCUGCAGCAGCAGCAGCAGCAGCAGCAGCAGCAGCAGCAGCAGCAGCAGAGAGGGUAGCAGCAAGAGGAGCAGCAGCAAGAGCAGCAGCAAAAGCGGCAGCAGCAGCAGCAGCAGCAGCAGAAGCGUACACACCGUCAUUCUCUGGGGAGCAGCAGUCGAAGAAAGGAUAGCAGCAGCAGGAACAGCAGCCGCAGCAGCAGCAGCAGCAACAGCAGCAGCAGCAGCAACAGCAGCAGCAGCAGCAGCAUCAGCAGCAGCAGCAGCGAGAUGUAUGUUUCUUGUUGCUGCUACUGCGACUGCUGCCGCAGCAGGAGCAGCAAAAAAGCAGCAAAAACAGCAGCAGCAGCAGCACCAGCAGCAGCACCAGCAGCAGGAGCAGCAGCAGCAGCAGCAGCAGCAGCACCAGCAGCAGGAGCAGCAGCAGCAGCAGCAGCAGCAGCAACAGCUGUCUCCUUUUUGCUUACCUAUGGAGCCAAUACUGCCCUAG